UCGGCCUUCUCAUCGAAGACUGCCCUGGCGACUACGCACUCUCUCUUCUCACUUCGCCGUUUCGCAAGUCGCGGCUGCCUCUGCUACAGUGCUCGUGGCUACAUCUCCUCGCCGUCGCCGUCUUUCUCCUCAGUCCGUAUCUUGCUAAUAUGAAAGCUUGAAGGGUACUGGCGCCUCUUCGUUCUCCGAUAACGUCUCCGCCACCGGUUCCGCCGUCCAUCGUCGGGAAUGGAUAAUAGCCACACCUGGACCUGCCAUACCUGUGGCAACGUGGGUCUAGCUGACGGUUCCGAUGGCUUCUUCUACUGCCUUCGAUGUGGCUCUCAGGCUGACGACAUAGUUGACACCGGUGUGGCCGAUGAGGACUUCGUCAACAUGGGAGGAGACGCCAGCGGCGGCAUCUACUUAGCCAGUCACCGCCGCCAGCGUUCGCAUGCGAUCAAGGUUGAACCUAUUUCUCAGUAUGAUUCCAUCUACGAUUCCCAGUCCCAGUUCAUGAAGUCUCUGGGGUUGGAAGACGAAGCUCCUCAAUGUCAAGGAAAUCGUUCUGAGGGUGGUUUUAAGGUAGAAAGAGAUUCAGAUUAUGGUUUCCAAUUUAAUGAGGCUGGUUUCUCGGUUCCAGGCGAUUUUGGUUCAAAUACCGUGAGGGUUCUGAGUUUUGACGAUUAUUACACUGAGAUAAGGAUGCGUUAUGUGAUGGGGUUGCAGAUUAUGGUCCAGCUUCAAUGUGAAGCAUUGGUGAAGGAGUUCAAGGUGAACCCUUUGAUAUGUGGGAUUGUUGGGCCAAUUUGGUUGAGAUUUGUCUCUGGGACUGCUGUUUUCGAUGAUGGGUGGGCUGAUGAAGUAAUUCACGAGUCUGAGAUGCAGAAAGAAGAAGAGCCUGCUGAUCACAAGCCCCGUGCUAAAUACGAAGCAGAACCUCACAAUAUCCAUGGUGAGCGCGCUGUAAUGAUAUGGUAUAGGUCUUUAAGGAAAAGUAUCCCAUUAGCUUGUACUGUAGCUGUUACAUUCCUUGCUUGUCAUGUUGCCAAGGAAGCAAUCUUGCCUACAGACAUAAUGAAGUGGACUCUUGAAGGGAGACUUCCAUAUUUUUCUGCAUUUCGUGAAAUUGAAAAGCGCAUGGGGCAACCUACAAAAGCAUGUCCUAUAAGUUCAAUGAUUAUGUUCAGGCCUUCGCAAGCUGUGUCUUUACAGAAGCUAGAGUCACUGGCAGCAUCCGUUGCUGAUUCCAUAGGCCUGGAUUUGCCUCCUGUCAACUUCUAUGCAAUAGCUUUGCGUUAUCUUCAAGACUUACAUCUUCCAGUUGAUAAGAUUCUUCCUGAUGCACUUAAGAUUUAUGAAUGGUCAAUGCCCCCAGGUUUAUGGCUAUCCACAAAUGAAUUGAGGCUUCCUACUCGUGUUUGUGUUAUGUCAAUUCUGAUAGUAGCGAUAAGAAUGUUGUAUAACAUAAAUGGUUUUGGAGAAUGGGAAAGGAGUUUGUGUCAUGGCGGUGCUGCUUCAGUCAAAUCUGCAAGUGGCUCUGAAGGAAAAGGAAAUGGUGGAAUGAAUACCAAUUUUCCUUUUCAUGAUGAUAGUGAACGUUCUGACAAAGACCCAGUACAACCCCAGCAACCAGAAUGGGAUGCUGCGAGGCUUCUACACCACCUUUAUACAUUAUAUGAUGGGGUUGCUGACAAAUAUGGGUACUCAAAGGACUUGUCGACAUAUCUCCAAUAUUGCAAAGAUGUUGUCUUUGCUGGAUUAGAGCCAUCAUUUGAGAAUCAUGAAGAAGAGAAGAUGAUAGAAUUCUCAUGGAAUUUUUAUCAAAAUGACAAGGAUUCUGAACCAGCUGAACGAGUAGAGAAACCUGACGCUUCUUUGAACCAAAAUAAGCCGAGCAGGGAGAUAUGUAUUAAUAAAACAUCCAAGGAGGAAAAACGGAGAACAGAAUGUUUCAGCCACAAAACACAUGAUGAUGAUGCAAUGGAUAAUGAUGACUCCCCCGAGAGUUCACUAGACUCUGAUGAAUCAGAAAAUGACGGGGAAACCUCUUCAGAGUCUCAUGAUAAUGAGGCCAUCAGAAAGCUGAAAUUGGACAUGGAGGAGAACAAAUUCUGUUACAUACCUCCGAGGGUGAAGCCCAAAAGAUUUGAUUAUGUUCACUACGUGAGAAAAAAGGAUAAAGGUGCCUAUGCUUAUGUAGCUCAUGCUGAUUAUUACAUUAUACUUCGGUCUUGUGCUAGGGCUGCACAAGUUGAUCUUCGGAUUAUGCAUAUUGGCGUGUUGAGCUUUGAGAGAAGACUUGCCUGGAUAGAAGAAAGGAUUGACAAGGUCUUGCGUGUGAAACCUCCAAGGAUCUCUUGCCAGUUUUGCGGUGGUGAGAAGGGCCCUGAAAAUGAAGUAUCUGUUGAUGAACUGGGACUUUCAGAUUUGAGUAUAUGAGGAUUUUGAAUCGUGAGUGUUUUCUUCUACAAGCUUUUGAUUGACCUCUAACAAGUAUGGCUUAGAUCUCUUUGGUAUCAAACAAGUCCUGGAUCUUAAACUAGCCUUGAUAGUGUGAGUUUGCAAGUUGACAGAGACACUAACACAUGCAAGGUAUUUAGAGUCAGAGCACUAAUUUUAUGUUACUUAGGUUAAGGUGUAACUAGUCCAUGGAGUAGAUUGAUGCCUAUAAUAUAUUCUGAGACAACUUGUUUUCUACUACUUUGUAUGAUGUAUGAGAUGAAUCUUAUUGUUCGUAGUUUAUAAAAA